GUUGCAGCUUAUCUCCUUCACUCCACCAAAUCAAAAGUUAUUAAUAGCGUGCACUAAUCCUUCCGGACACUGCAGAGGUAGCUCGACUGGUUCGAGUCUCGAAAGGCGAGAGAUUUCCACAUCGCACUGCCCCUCCAUAGAUAGCAAGAGGGGAGAGGUUUCCCCGUGGCAUCCCCGUGGCAUCAUUCUAUCAUUCCAUCACCGGCACAAAACAUAGGCUCGCCCGCCAUGUCGCUCUUCUCGGCACAGCUCCAUCCCGGCCGGGCGCUGGGUUUCCUGGUGCUCGGAGCUUCGCUGCACGAUGUCCUGACCCGUCUCAAAGCCGAGCCCCAGAGAUUCCCAAAACUCGACCUCACGUACAACCCGGCCGACCCGGUGAGGGAGCCCGUCAUCCUUGGUCUCCCAGCAAACGGGAUACGGAUGCGGUUCGACGGGCCCGAGCAGCGGCUACGGCUGGUUGAGGUGAUUGACUUCACCAGGAACCAUAUCUUCCUCAAGCCCGCCAACGAUAAGGAGCGCGAUCUCGUCCGGCCGCCCACGCAAGACCCCCCCGCGGCCGACGCGGCCCCGGGCCCGACGUUCCGCCACAUCUACCAGCGGUUCCUGGGGCCUACGUACGACGGAGAAUACAUCGCCGAUGCCGAGACAUAUGUGCUGUCGUACCCGGGCGUGGCGUUUGCUUUUCCCAUGAAGAAGAAGGACUACUCGGACGCCAAGGACGUUGUCUCGCUGCUGUCGUCGACGGCGGUCCCGAACUCGAUGGCCGUCUUCAGCGGCGACUCGUGGGCACAGGCACGCGACACCAUGUGGACCGAGGUCCUGCCCAGCCUCAAGACAUUCGCGCCGCUUGCCAAGGGCAAGGACGUGUACCCGGACGAGAUCUCGUUGGUCAAGAUCCACGGGGGCGGAAAGCUGCAGCUCUUCCGGAAGUGGACCAACAACUCGUUCUGGAUCUUGCUGGGCGAGACGACGCCGCAACAACUGGUGGCCGAGCUGGGGCCGCCCGACGCCAUCUAUCGCAAGAACGACCAGCGCAUGUACAUCCAUAAGCUGCGCGCCGCAAGCAACAACACGAUGGCCCGGCCGACCAACGGCAACGAGCUGAGGCGGCAGGACGAGCUGACAGACACGGACCAGUCCUCGCACCCCGCGUCGGACGACUACGACUCGCAGGACGAGGCGGUCGAGGACGAUAUCGUCGCCAAUGUGUCGGGCGAGUGCUUCUACAACUACUUUUAUCUCGGUUUCGACGUGCUCGUCUCGAUGCCGACCGCGCCCUCGCGCCCGCCACCGUCGCAAGACGGCAGCGCCUACGCCGCCGAUGCCGCCGCGCCCAAACCCGCCGCGACCGACCGCCUGGUCGCCACCAAGGUGGUCCUCCACGGAAACGUCCCGGGGUCGUACCCCUUCAACCGCCACCGCCGCUGCCGCUGGGAGAUCAGCUACCUGUCGCCGUCGCCGGACUCGCCGGCCACGACGUCGGAGACGCCCUUCCCCGAGAUCGAGGAGCGGCUGCGCAGGGCGUGGAGGUCGAUCUACUCGUCCGAGGCCGAGGCCCAGCAGAAGCAGCGGGGGAUGGUGCUCAACCGGGGAUGGGGAGACAGCCCCGGGAGCAGCUGCGAGCUGCUGGGAGGGUGGGAGGAGAGCGGCGGGACGAACCCCGGCGUCGGCAAGGGGCGGGGGGAGGACUCGACCACGACCUUGUUUGGGUUCCCUGGCCUGGUGUUUGAAGUGCUGAAGAACGGCUGGGUAAGCGCGGUUACGGUCUUCUAAGGAGCAGAGCAAUCGUUAGGCUGGGGAUUGGCGUCUCGGCGUUUGGACGGACGGUCACGGGUAUGCAGGUUCGGUGUUUCUCUCGUGCACAGGCGGCGGGGAAGGCGUUGCAUCAUGAAUGAGUUGUCUGGUUAAGGACUUAUCUAUCGUUU